GUUGAUCACUUUCCCGUGAUUGAAAUCUCAGCGACAUUGGAAAGGAAACUUCCAUCGCGAUUGUAUUUACCAAAUGAGCUUUCAUAUUUGCGGUUAUUUUUAGAUACAGUUUGAGGGCGGGUACUUGGGUGUUGUAUUUAUUCGGAAGUCUUUUCCUGUGUUACUCGAGGACGUGAGCAAGGUGUGGGGGGCCGGCGUUUUGUUUUCUUGUAGGGACUGGAAGCGGUCGCAGAGACCGAGGCUCCAGUGAAGGAGAUUGUUUCACUGCUAAUUCAGCAGCGGGUGAAGGCACUGCAGCCGCGAGUUCAAGUCCCAUCGCAGUCACAUCUUUCUAACAUUCAGGUUACAUCGAAUUCACUGAUACCCAAGGAUCAGUGUGAUCAUCUUUCCUCAACAUGGGUCGUCUUGGAUGGAGAAGCAGAUCAAAGGUCACAUUUGUUCUCGGUAUCAUCUUCGCCCUGUCUUGUCCAAUUACCCAAGCAGCUAGAAUAUUGGUCGUGCCUGUUGAUGGAAGUCAUUGGAUCAAUAUGAAAAUUCUAAUGGAAGAGCUGAACCUUCGUGGCCACAACAUGACUGUGCUUUGUUACUCCGCAAACUGGUACAUCAAAGAGAGACCCGAUCUGUAUCAAACCAUCACAGUUCAAGCACAAGAAAACAUUGAAGCACCUUCAAGGAAAGAGGCCAUGGAAAGAAUUGUGCAAAUGUCACUGGACAGGUUACAAAAUGGUCACACACUAUGGGGCAACAUAAUGUUACAAAAUCUAAUGAUUACGUUUAUGUACAAUUUCCAUAGUCUUUAUCAAAAUUUCAACAUUGCGAUCUUUGAAAACAAAACCUUGUUGAAUCAAUUUGAAAAUGCAAACUUUGACCUAAUUCUCACAGAUCCUCUAUUUGGUACCGGGUCAAUGCUUGCGUAUUAUUUAAAAGUGCCGUUGGUGUACAACGCUCGAUGGCAGAUGACAGGGGAAGCCCAUUUUCUCACUGCCCCAUCACCACUUUCCUACGUCCCACUUCCUGGCUCACUUCUCACAGACAAAAUGGAUUUUCUCCAAAGAACAGAAAAUGUCAUUCACAGUCUCUUUCAACACUUGAUUUCUGAGUUUUUGGUGUACCCACUUUACAAUGAAAUCUGCCAUCGGUAUCUGGGACCAGACACGGACAUCAAGUCGAUUCUCCUCAGAGCUGAUGUGUGGCUGAUGAGGGUGGAUUUUGUGUUUGAAUUCCCAAGACCCACCAUGCCAAACAUUGUGUACAUCGGAGGCUUCCAGUGUAAACCAGCACGGCCUCUGGCAGCAGAGUUUGAGGAGUUUGUCCAAAGCUCAGGUAAACAUGGACUUGUUGUAAUGUCAUUGGGUUCCAUUGUCGACUCUUUACCAGUGGAGAUUACAAUGAAAAUAGCAGAAGCUUUAUCUCAAAUCCCCCAGAAGGUUAUCUGGAGAUAUGAUGGUGAGACCCCUCCCAAUAUAGGGAAUAAUACACUGCUGGCAAAUUGGAUCCCUCAGAACGACCUGCUGGGUCACCCCAACACACGAGCCUUUGUUUCACACGGAGGCACCAAUGGGAUUUAUGAAGCCAUCUACCAUGGGGUGCCAGUGAUCGGCAUGCCUCUGCUUUUUGACCAGUUUGACAAUUUAAUUCGACUCGAAUCCCGAGGAGCAGCAAAAGUGAUCGACAUUGCAACCAUGCACUCCACAGAUCUGUUGCAGGCACUCAACGAGGUGAUAAACGGCGCUUCUUAUGGGGACAACAUGAAGAGACUCUCCGCUCUCCAUCGGGACCAACCAGAGUCACCAAUGGAGAGAGCCGUUUUCUGGGUUGAGUACGUUGCCCGACACAAAGGAGCGGGGCAUUUGCGCUCAGAAUCCCACCGACUCCCCUGGUACGCUUACUAUUGUGUAGAUGUGAUGAUCUUCCUGUUGUCUGUGUUACUCCUGCUCACUGUGUUGGUGGUUGGAACACUGAAGAAACUUUGUCGUAUUGCACUGAAGAAAAAGCAAAAAAUUCAUUAAGAAUUGGGAGAAUGUCUUUUGAUUUUUUGCAAUUUACUUUUUUUUAACACAUUUUAAUCAGUUUCUCCAACAUCCCAUCUAACGAUUCUCUUGCAACCCAUUCCAUUUACAGCUAUUGUGAAUUUACAUGAUGUCUAUUCAGAAAUUAUAACUGAUAUUUACCAAAGAUCCUAUAAUGGAGAUCAGCCAUGAUUGAAUGGCAUGAACCUGAAGGGCCAAAUAGCCUCAUUCUGCUCCUACGACUUAUCAACUUGUGAAGACUCACUUGGAAAUAUCCUGCUGAUCGUUCAUGAUUGUUGGGUCUAAUAACUAGAACAUAUUUCUGAACACCAUUGGCAGAAGCAAGUCCAAGGGACUGCUCUCGGAUCAAUGUUAAGGGCAAUUGAGAAAUAAAUGAGGAGCUAAAUGUUAGCACUGCUUGCAGGAGAUUUGACUGAAGAUGUUUCAGGAACAUAUGAGCCUGAAAUAUUACUGAGUAAAUUGGAUUCCAGUUGAUGUGAAGGCCAGGCCAAACAUUGUUUGCAAGGAAGAUCGACACAAAGAAGCUGGAGUAACUUAGCGGGUCAGGCAACAUUUUUUGGAGAAAAGGAAUAGGUGACAUUUUGGAUCGAUAGAUUUGUUCAGUCUGAAGAAGGGUCUUUAAAAAUUUUUUUUAAAUUAUUAGUAGCAUAUACAUAUCAUAACCAAAACAAAUUUGUUUAUCAAUUACGUAUUAACACAGCUUCUAUUUAUUUAUUUUUUAAUAUAUUUUUUGAAAGAUAUAGCUAUAUAACGAAGGGAAGGAGAAAAAAGAAAAAAAGAAAGAAAUUACCAAUAACACAAUUUUGGAGAUAGGUCCGUAGAUUAUAAAGUGUAAUUAUUCAUCCAAUCCUGGAUUCAAGUUUCAGUCAAGCUUCCGUGCUGGUCCAAUUUACCCUUUCAGAAAAUCAAUAAAUGGAGACCAUAUUCUAGCAAAUAAUUCUGGUUUGUCUAAUUUUUUUCCAAAUGUAAGGUCUCGGACAUCUCUAUAAUCCACAUUUUAAUUGUGGGGGUUGUUGGAUUUUCCCAAAAUUUUAAUAUUAAUUUUUUUCCCAGUUAUUAUACUGUAAUCAAGGACAUUUCUUUGGUUUGUUGUAAGUUUUAGGCUUUGUUCUGAUAUUCCUAAUAUUAUUAGUUUUGGAUCAGGAUCUAAUUGGAUAUUAACAACUUGAGAAAUCAUUUUAAAAAUAUCCGCCCAGAAAUGUUUUAAUUUUUGUACAGUUUACAAAGGUAUGAGUUAAAUUAGUUUCUAAUUAUUGACACUGAUAGGGGAAAUAUUUGGAAAAAAUCUGUUUAAUUUAGUUUUAGAAUACUGCAGUCUAUGUAGUACUUUAGAUUUUAUUAAAGAGUGUCUGGCAUUUAACGAACAUUGAUGUAUAUGUUGUAAACUUUCAUCCCAUAUAUCUUUCAUUAUAGGUUGAGCUAGUUCAUUUUCCCAUGCUUGUCUAUAUAGUUCCAUCGACGGGACCUCAUUGUCUAAAAGAAUAUUAUUAAUGUGAGAUUAAUUUAUCUGUGUCAGGAUGUUUAUUCAAACAAUCAUCAAGGACCUCUGGCUCCUAGUUCUAUAUUCUUGUGUAUGUGAUUUAACAUAAUCUCUGUUGUAAAUAUUUAAAAAAAGAUUUGAAUGUGGUCCGUAAUUCUGCUGUAACUCCUGAAAUGAAAGAAAAAGACCUUUUCUGUAAAGGUGUCCCACCUUUUUAAUUCCAUAAUUUUUCCAUUGUACAAAAGCUUUAUCCAACACAGAAGGUUUAAAUGAAGGAUUGCUUACAAUGGGGGAGUGAUAAAUUAUCCAAUUUUAAAGUCGUUUUUAAUUGUCUCCAAGUUCGUAUACCACUAUAUAUUAUCGGAUUUUCACUAUGUUUUUUUAUUCAUAGAAACAUAGAAACAUAGAAAAUAGGUGCAGGAGUAGGCCAUUCGGCCCUUCGAGCAUGCACCGCCAUUCAAUAUGAUCAUGGCUGAUCAUCCAACUCAGUAUCCCGUACCUGCUUUCUCUCCAUACCCUCUGAUCCCUUUAGCCACAAGGGCCACAUCUAACUCCCUCUUAAAUAUAGCCAAUGAACUGGCCUCAACAACCUUCUGUGGCAGAGAUUCCAGAGAUUCACCACUCUGUGUGUGAAAAAAGUGUUUCUCAUCUCGGUCCUAAAGGAUUUCCCCUCUAUCCUUAAGCUGCGACCACUUGUGCUGGACUUCCCCAACAUCGGGAACAAUCUUCCUGCAUCUAGCCUGUCCAACCCCUUAAGAAUUUUGUAAAUUUCUAUAAGAUCCCCCCUCAAUCUUCUAAAUUCUAGCGAGUACAAACCAAGUCUAUCCAGUCUUUCUUCAUAUGAAAGUCCUGACAUCCCAGGAAUCAGUCUGGUGAACCUUCUCUGCACUCCCUCCAUGACAAUAAUGUCCUUCCUCAGAUUUGGAGACCAAAACUGUACGCAAUACUCCAGUACUUCUUCACUGCCUGCUGCACCUGCGUGCCUAUUUUAAAUGACUGGUGUACCAUGACACUAUGACACCCAGGUCUCGUUGCAUCUCCCCGUUUCCAUUUAGAUAAUAGUCUGAUUUCCUGUUUUUGCCACCAAAGUGGAUAACCUCACAUUUAUCCACAUUAUAUUGCAUCUGCCAUGCAUUUGCCCACUCACCCAGCCUAUCCAAGUCACCUUGCAGCCUCCUAGCAUCCUCCUCACAGCUAACACCAGCUCUGUGUCAUCCGCAAACUUGGAGAUGUUGCAUUCAAUUCCCUCAUCCAAAUCAUUAAUAUAUAUUGUAAAUAGCUGGGGUCCCAGCACUGAGCCUUGCGGUACCCCACUAGUCACUGCCUGCCAUUCUGAAAAGGACCCGUUUACUCUGACUCUUUGCUUCCUGUUUGCCAGCCAGUUUUCUAUCCACAUCAAUACUGAACCCCCAAUACCAUGCGCUUUAAGUUUGUAUACUAAUCCCUUAUGUGGGACCUUGUCGAAAGCCUUCUGAAAUUCCAGAUAUAACACAUCCACUCAUUCUCUAUCCACUCUACUAGUUACAUCCUCGAAAAAUUCUAUAAGAUUCGUCAGACAUGAUUUACCUUUUGUAAAUCCAUGCUGACUUUGUCCAAUGAUUUCACCACUUUCCAAAUGUGCUGCUAUCCCAUCUUUAAUAACUGACUCUAGCAGUUUCCCCACUACCGAUGUUAGACUAACUGGUCUGUAAUUCACCGUUUUCCCUCUCCCUCCCUUUUUAAAAAGUGGGGUUACAUUAGCUACCCUCCAAUCCUCAGGAACUACUCCAGAAUCUAAAGAGUUUUGAAAAAUUAUCACUAAUGCAUCCACUAUUUCUGGAGCUACUUCCUUAAGUACUCUGGGAUGCAGCCUAUCUGGCCCAUGGGAUUUAUUGGCCUUUAAUCCAUUCAAUUUACCUAAUACCACUUCCCAGUUAACCUGGAUUUCACUCAGUUCCUUCAUCUCCUUUGACCAGCGGUCCCCUGCUAUUUCCGGCAAAUUAUUUAUGUCUUCCUUAGUGAAGACGGAACCAAAGUAGUUAUUCAAUUGGUCCGCCAUAUCCUUGUUCCCCAUGAUCAAUUCACCAGUUUCUGACUGCAAGCAACCUACAUUUGUUUUAACCAAUCUCUUUCUCUUCACAUAUCUAUAAAAACGUUUGCAAUCAGUUUUUAUGUUCCCUGCCAGUUUUCUUUCAUAAUCUAUUUUCCCUUUCCUAAUUAAGCCCUUUGUCCUCCUCUGCUGCUCUCUGAAUUUCUCCCAGUCCUCUGGUGGGCUGCUUUUUCUGGCUAAUUUGUAUGCUUCAUCUUUUGCUUUGAUACUAUCCCUGAUUUCCCUUGUUAUCAUAUAACCAUAUAACAAUUACAGCACGGAAGCAGGCCAUCUCGGCCCUUCUAGUCCGUGCCGAACACGUAUUCUCCCCUAGUCCCAUCUACCUGCACUCAGACCAUAACCCUCCAUUCCUUUCCCGUCCAUAUAACUAUCCAAUUUAUUUUUAAAUGAUAAAAUCGAACCUGCCUCCAUCACCUUCACUGGAAGCUUAUUCCACACAGCUACCACUCUCUGAGUAAAGAAGUUCCCCCUCAUGUUACCCCUAAACUUCUGUCCCUUAAUUCUCACGUCAUGUCCUCUUGUUUGAAUCUUCCCUACUCUCGGUGGGAAAUGCUUAUCCACGUCAACUCUGUCUAUCCCUCUCAUCAUUUUAAAGACCUCUAUCAAGUGGAUCCAUGGAUGUACUACCUUCCCUGAUUUAUUCUUUUGCCAAACUGGGAUGAACAAUUGUUGUAGUUCAUCCAUGCAGUCUUUAAAUGCCUUCCAUUGCAUAUCUACCGUCAACCCUUUAAGAAUUAAUUGCCAGUCAAUCUUGGCCAAUUCACGUCUCAUACGUUUCUUUAAGUUCAGAACCAUUGUUUCUGAAUUAACAAUGUCACACUCAAUCCUAAUGAAGAACUCAACCAUAUUAUGGUCACUCUUGCCCAAGGGGCCACGCACAACAAGACUGCUAACUAACCCUUCCUCAUUACUCAAUACCCAGUCUAGAAUAGCCUGCUCUCUCGUUGGUUCCUCUACAUGUUGGUUUAGAAAACUAUCCCGCAUACAUUCCAAGAAAUCCUCUUCCUCAACACCCCUGCCAACUUGAUUCACCCACUCUAUAUGAAGAUUGAAGUCACCCAUUAUAACUGUUUUACCUUUGUUGCACGCAUUUCUAAUUUCCUGUUUGAUGCCAUCCCCAACUUCACUACUGUUAGUUGGCCUGUACACAACAUCCACUAGCAUUUUCUGCCCCUUAGUGUUUCGCAGCUCUACCCAUAUCAAUUCCACAUCCUCCAAGCUAAUGUCCUUUCCAUUGCGUUAAUCUCCUCUCUAACCAGCAAUGCUACACCACAUCCUUUUCCUUUCUGUCUAUCCCUCCUGAAUAUUGAAUAUCCCUGGAUGUUCAGCUCCCAGCCUUGGUCCCCCUGGAGCCAUGUCUCCGUGAUCCCAACUAUAUCAUAAUCAUUAAUAGCUAUCUGCACAUUCAACUCAUCCACCUUAUUAAGAAUGCUCCUUGCAUUGAGACACAAAGCCUUCAGGCUUGUUUUUACAACGCUCUUACCCCUUAUACAAUUAUGUUGAAAUAUGGCCCUUUUUGAUUUUUGCCCUGGAUUUGUCUGCCUGCCACUUUUACUUUUCACCUUGCUACCUAUUGCUUCUACCCCCAUUUUACACCCCUCUAUCUCUCUGCUCACCCAUUUAAGAACCCCACCACCUCUUAUUCUCUGUUUAUUAUUGUUUUCUUCUUUCCCCCCUACAAAAUUCAGUUUUGUGGGAACUAAUAAAAUUGAGUCAAUUUCAAAAGGUAAACAAUCUUCCUUUUCCAUCUUUAACCAAUCUGGUUGUUGAUCCAUAUCUUCCAACCAGAAGUUCAUAUUUUUAAUAUUAACUGCCCAAAAAUAAAAUAAAAAAAUUGGUAAAACUAAUCCUCCAUUCAUCUUGGAUUUACAUAAAUGUGUUUUACUCAUUCAAUGGUUUUUAUAAUCCCAAAUAAAACUUGUAACAAUAGAAUUAACUUAAAAAAAAAUGUGUGAGAUAUAUCGGAAUUGAUUGAAAAAGGUACAGUAAUUGUGGAAGGAAAAUCAUUUUUAUCGCAUUAAUUCGACCGUGCAUUGAGAUGGGAAGUGUUU